GGAAGUAGUUUUGGUAAAGUGGCGUUUAAGUACGAGGCAGAUAUUUUCUCAGCUUUAAUUUUCUUUCUUUCUAUCCCUCUCUCCUUAUGUUUUUUUACAUUUAGUGCUGAGAGGCAAAAUGGUCCAUGCUGAAGCAUUUUCACGUCCUCUGAGCCGGAAUGAAGUGGUUGGAUUAAUUUUUCGUUUAACCAUAUUUGGGGCUGUAACAUAUUUUACCAUUAAAUGGAUGGUCGAUGCCAUUGAUCCGACCAGAAAGCAGAAAGUAGAAGCUCAGAAACAGGCUGAAAAACUAAUGAAGCAAAUCGGAGUGAAAAAUGUCAAGCUUACUGAAUAUGAAAUGAGUAUUGCAGCACAUCUCGUAGACCCACUUAGCAUGCAUGUAACCUGGAGUGAUAUUGCAGGCUUAGAUGAUGUUAUUACAGAUUUGAAAGACACUGUCAUUUUGCCUAUCAAGAAGAAAUAUUUGUUUGAGAAUUCCAGGCUCUUACAGCCACCAAAAGGAGUACUUCUCUAUGGCCCUCCUGGCUGUGGCAAAACGCUGAUCGCCAAAGCUACAGCAAAGGAAGCAGGUUGUCGAUUUAUUAAUCUCCAGCCUUCAACGCUGACGGACAAGUGGUAUGGGGAGUCUCAGAAACUGGCUGCAGCUGUCUUCUCUCUUGCUGUAAAGCUCCAACCGUCCAUCAUUUUUAUUGACGAAAUAGAUUCCUUCUUACGAAGUCGGUCAAGUUCCGACCAUGAAGCUACAGCUAUGAUGAAAGCUCAGUUCAUGAGUCUGUGGGAUGGACUGGACACUGAUUAUAACUGCCAAGUAAUAGUAAUGGGAGCCACCAACCGUCCUCAGGAUCUUGACUCUGCAAUCAUGAGAAGAAUGCCGACCCGGUUUCAUAUCAACCAACCUGCUCUGAAACAAAGAGAAGCAAUCUUGAAGCUAAUUUUGAAAAACGAAAAUGUGGACAGGCACGUGGACCUCCUGGAAGUUGCUAAAGAGACUGACGGCUUCUCAGGCAGUGAUCUGAAAGAAAUGUGCCGGGAUGCAGCGCUCCUCUGUGUCAGGGAAUAUGUUAAUUCUGCCUGUGAAGAAGAGACCCAUGACGAAGAUGAAAUUCGGCCUGUGCAGCAGCAGGAUCUCCAGAGGGCAAUUGAGAAGAUGAGAAAAUCGAAGGAUGCCACACUGCAGAAUGUUUUGAUGGGUGUUGUUUUAGAUUAAGACAAAAGAGUGCGUUUGCAGUUUCUGAUGUGAUUUAGUUUGACUUCUGUAAUCAGUUAGCAAAAACGAUGUCACGGGGGUGGGAGCGGGGGACGUUCCUUGAAUAAGGGAGUUCUGUUUCUGGAAUUGUUUUUAUACAACAAAUUCUAAGUUAUUGAAACUUCGUCGUGCACAACUAGAGGUGGUAACAAUAGAUCAUGAAGUGGAACAAUUACAGCCCAGACCAAGAGCA